GCCUUGUCUAUGAUCUUCCAGCAAUCUUGUUCCUUGUUCCUCUCUUGCCUUGUGUCCCCGAACCUGCUCAUGUCUCUUGGACCCACGUCUCCUGCCUCAGCCCCUGUCGGAUCCUGCUUGUCAUCUGUUCUCCUGGUAACGACCCUGUUUCUGUUUCUCGGACCCACGUCUCCUGCCUCAGCCCCUGUCGGAUCCUGCCUGUCAUCUGCUCACCUGGUAACAACACUGGUUCUGUUUGUUGGAUUUUCGCCUCACGUCUCGCCCCUGAACGGAUCCUCGCCAUCUCGGACUUCCUGGAACUCGACCUCGGAACCCAUCCCUGGAUCCUCGACUCAGUCUGCCCCUAUUAACCUGGUAACUGCCUCUGACCACCCGUGUUUGACCCCAGCCUUGUCUUGGACCACGAUUAAUCCUCGCAGCAGCAGCAAGCCCUGUGUCAACACCGCCAGACACACAACCAAGACUCAGUGGUUGUUUUCCACACGAAAUCAGUCCAUCCAAGAGGGGACGACCUGCUGCUCCUGGGUUCCAGCUUCCUACCUCCAAUCACUCAAUUUAACAAUAAACCUGUUAAACWUGCUUCUGUGUUCGGCAAUUAUUCAGAGCUCAAACACUCAGUCUUAACACUUUGUGAGUC